CAUAAUAUUAUCAGUUCUGCUUCAUCUAUACAUACAAAAUAUUACUAACUUAGUUCAACAUAUAUUGUUGGCAAUCAUGUUGAGCACUAACCCAAUAGCUAUCCUUGUGAUCUUAAUUUCCCUCUUCUAUUCAGCAUCUAAGGUUACCUCCACCAGAAUACUCGAUAGGCUCUUUCUCCCUUCAUUAUUGACAGGCCCUCAGUCCCUUGCAUUUGACUCCAUCGGUGGAGGGCCUUACACUGGAGUUUCUGAUGGGAGAAUUCUAAAAUAUGAGGAAACUUAUUCUGGUUUCGUCGAAUUUGCUUACACAUGGCAAGACAGCCAUUGUUGGUGCAGGAACAAGACAAUAUGUGAUGGCAUUUCUGACUUCUCAACACUUCAAGAAACAUGUGGGAGGCCUUUAGGAUUGAGUUUCUACUAUCAGACAGGUGAACUGUUCAUAGCUGAUGCUUAUUUGGGGCUUGUGAAAGUACCUUACUAUGGAGGUGCUGCAACCCAACUUGUCGCUCAUGCACAGGGAAGUAAUCCUUUUGGAUUUCUUUCCGGUGUGGAUGUAGAACCUGAUACCGGAACCGUUUACUUUACAGAAGCUAGCUCUGGCUUCAAGCUCAGGGAUAUCCGUGAACUACUAAAAAACACAGAUGAUUAUUCUGGAAACCUAUACAAAUAUGAUCCAAGCACCAACCAAACCUCAUUGUUGCUCAGCAAUCUUGCUGUGGCAGCUGGGGUGGCAGUAAGUGGCAAUGGUUCAUUUGUCCUUGUUAGUGAGUGCAAUGCCCACAGAAUUCGCAGAUUCUGGCUUGCUGGACCUAAAGCAAAUACUUCAGAAGUAUUCUUGCAGCUUCCAGGAAGACCAGAGAACAUAAAGAGGAACUCCAAAAAUGAGUUUUGGGUGGCAAUGAACUAUCCUUUUGGGACACCUCCACCCCCAAGACCUCCUGUUUUGCCUCUAGGACUCAGAGUCAAUGAGGAUGGUGAAGUUUUAGAGGCUGUGCCUCUUGUCGAUGAGUUUGGUACUGAAUCAGUCAGUGAAAUUCAAGAGUUUAAUGGAACACUCUAUGCUUCCUCCCUGCAUGUUUCCUAUGCCAACAUUUUCAAAGUCUAGUUUUGUCACUGCUGCAUUUGUGGGGUUAUAAACAAUGGAAGAGACAUUUUAAAUAAAUAAAGAUUUAUUGAUCCUUACAUGCCAUAGCACCAGCAAA